CGUGAAACGAGUGGUACAUCCGUCGUCGGAUAAUAAAUAAGGUGAUGCUUUUGUAAGAAUUACAUUUGUAGCGCCGUGGGUCGAAUGAAAUCAAAAAUAGUUUCAUGCUGAAAUCGUUGGGCCAAUGUUCGUUUACUUCAUUUUAUACGUGUAGUGGGGACUCACCUAUAAACAGCGAAUGGAUGAAGAAGUAUUGGUAGAUGAAAUACAUAAGAACGACAAAAGUGAUACUCAAUUGAUGGGGGACCGAGCAACCGCCGUCAUGCCUCUAUUGUAUAUUCAGCCAGGCAAGCUACGAGCUGGACAGCCAAUAAAUGGGACUCCUACUGCAACUACAUCUUCCCCUCCUCAGCUAGCCACAAUUAUCAAUCCGAUUACUAGUGGUCAAAACAAAGUAUUUGUGCAAGGAUUAUCUCAAGUUAGCGUUGCUCAGAAUAAACAACACAUUGUCAUUCAUCGACCGAUUACCACAUUGAGUUCAACGACCAGCAAUUUGCCACAAAAGCACAUAGUUUUGAGAAAAUCAACUGCUACCACAGCGCAAAUUUUACCCAUGCCCUCUUCACAAGGAACCCAAUCUCAUCCACCGACAGGAAAACAUGCCUUUGCUUAUCUCAGUAAUCUCAUCAAACCUAACAAAUCCAGGGAACCUGUUAUUUUACCCGCAGGAGUAGUCCCUGCGCCACAAAGUUCUAAACAAAAACUGGUAAUCACACCUGUGAUAUCGCAGUUGUCACCGGCAACAACUGGAAACACUACCACUGUACAAAGUCAGUCUUCGAAACACAGUAGUAAUUUGUUGUUGCCUGUCACUAUGCCGCAACAUAGUGGUCCAGUCAAACAAGGCAUGUUUAAUUUGAAAAUAAACAAUGGGCAACUCAGUGCAGAUCAUAAAGGAACUAUCACAGUGUUGCGUGAGUCAAAAGGCGGCAAUUCUGGACUUCAACCUCCACCUUUACAUCCCUUAACUAAAAUGGGCCUGCUGAAAUCGGUAAAAGGAAGUGGAAGUGCAAAAGACGGUAUUAAAAUAACAGAGAAUGCUGACUCAGCGGUCAUAACACCAAUUCCUAGUAAAGAUGAGGAGGCACCACCGGAAAAACGCAAGAAAACUAUAAGCAAUAUUUUACGGGGAAACAGCGACAAACGGGCGAAGAAACAGCCAGCAAAGUCAGUUCAGGACACCGCUCCCAGUGUCAAGCCCCCACCAAAAAAUUCUGAACUAGAUAAGGAAAAAGAUAAAAAGCAGCAGAAUGACGAUGACAUAACUUUAAUCAAAGUGGUACCUAGUGAAGAUAAGAGACUCAGGCAAGACUCCGCAUUGGAUGACGAGAUAAAAAUAGAAAUCAUAAAGGCAAUGCCAAGCAAAGACGAUACUGUGACUGACUUGCACCACGAACGCAAGGCCGGAAGUCAUGCUGUUGAAUCUAAGGAGGCGGUCAACUCCUCUCAUCAAAAUGAUCCAAACUUUGAUCCUGCCAAGGCACUCGAUUGGCAAGACGGUGUUGGGACAUUGCCUGGAAGUACGCUUAAGUUCCGAAUGAAUGAAUUUGGGAUGAUGGAGAUGGUUGAAGAAGAGGAUAACAAACAAGUGAAAAGUAAAAAUAGUGGUGAUAAAGAGAAUGUGUGUUUGUCCCAGAACUCGUCCAAUGCCAGCUCUGCUCCUGCAAUAAGCGGUGAUAAGAAAGUUGAUGAAAAGCAACCUCGAUCCACUGUUCCAGAUACAAUUUAUUAUUGCGAUAAUUGUAACUGCUACGGUUUAGCUGCCGAAUUCGAGAGUCCAAACUCUUGUAGCCGCUCGUGUACUGAACUAUUGGCGACAAAAAGGGCUGCUAUGUCGCGAAGAGAGAGGGAUGUGAGAGACUUACGUGCGAAACGGAAACGCAAGAAAUUAUUGCAAGAACAUGGCUAUACCUAUCAAAAUCAACAACAGCAGCAACAGAAACAAGCUCAAAUGCAACAGUCGCAGGGACAGUCAGAAGAAUGUGAGCAGGACCAGCAAAUUGAAGUAGAUGAACCGACCAAGGAUAAGUCCGAAACGGAUGAAGAAGUGAAAUACUCGACAUCUACUCCCAAUGAAGAGAGUCAGGAUGACCCUGAAUCUAAGUAUCCCUGGCAAACUGGUAAACGAGGGUUCUCCUGGGCAAAGUAUUUAGAGCACAGCAAAGCCAAGGCAGCACCAGUAAAGUUAUUCAAGGAUGCUUUUCCAUACACUAAAAACCAAUUCAAACUUGGAAUGAAGUUGGAAGGUAUCGAUCCUGAACAUCCAUCUCAUUAUUGCGUUCUGACCGUCGUCGAAGUUCUGGGUUAUCGAAUACGCUUACACUUUGAUGGAUAUCCGGAGAACUACGACUUUUGGGUGAACGCUGAUAGUAUGGAUAUUUUCCCUGUUGGAUGGGCGGAAAAAAACGGGCAUAAACUUGACCCACCCAAAGGUUAUGUGGCUACUAAUUUCAAUUGGAACGCCUAUCUUAAAACCUGUAAAGCUCCCGCGGCUCCGAAAAAUAUAUUUUCAAACAAAAACACACUUUUUCCAACCGGAUUCCGGCAGGGCAUGAAACUUGAAGCGGUAGAUAGGAAACACUCCUCUCUCGUAUGUGUUGCUAGCAUCGCAGAGCUCAUGGACUCGCGAAUAUUAGUACACUUUGAUUCUUGGGAUGAAGUCUACGACUAUUGGGCAGAUGCAAGUUCUCCGUACAUUCAUCCUGUGGGAUGGUGUCAUCACAACGGUCACAGCCUUACACCACCCAAUAGUUAUAAAGACCCAAAAUUUUUCACCUGGGAAUCCUAUCUGAGAGACAAUAGAGCUGUCGCUGCGCCUGCGAGAGCGUUCAAACAACGUCCACCUUGUGGAUUCAAACGUGGUAUGAAAUUAGAAGCUGUCGACAAAAGGGUGCCUCUGCUAAUCAGAGUUGCAACUGUUGAGGAUGUUAAGGAUCAUGUGUUAAAGAUUCGCUUCGAUGGCUGGCCCGAAAAUCAUGCCUACUGGGUUGACGAUGAUUCACCCGAUAUACACCCGAUGGGGUGGUGCAUGAAAACAGGACAUCCUCUGGAGCCACCUUUGACUCCUGAAAAUUUGACCGAUCGCCCCGAGUGUGGAACCCACGGAUGUCGCGGCAUCGGUCACGUCAAAGGUCCGAAGUUUGCCGCACACAACUCUGCAUCUGGCUGUCCGUACUCACCACAAAAUCUGAACCGAAUCAGACCAUUACCAGACAGAUUGAACGUCAAACAAGAGUGUUGCGAUUUUGAUGAAGAUAUUCAUGAGAGACCGAAAAGCGACAAACUCGAAAGAAUAAAAAUGGAACGUAGCGAGAAGAGUGACAAAUAUUCGUACCACGAGGAACGGGGAGACAGAAUUGCUGCUAAAGUAGAAAACAACGAAUCGUUUGAAAUUAAAUACGAGAAAACUGAAAGCUCCGAAAAGUCUGGAAAAUAUCGACAGCAGCAAAGCGACGGCCAAACAGAUGAUGAUGAGGUGUCCAAAAAACGGAUCAAACGGCGACAAAUGUCGGAAGAAGCUUCUCUGUCACCGGGAGCAUAUUUCGGGGAUAAUUCGGCGAUUUCGAUGCAGUACGCAACGAACAUACCCGACAAACAACUUAGAACCGAAAUUUAUCACUCGGUUUACAAUCCUGGAUACAAUCCCCUCCCGGAGGCUCCUCAUAUAUGGGCAAAGCACAGCAAUGCACUGAACAGAGUGGUCGCGAAGCAGAACACCGACCCUCGUCGAUGGUCUAACGAGGAGGUCAUCAAGUUUAUACACAGCGUUCCUAAUUGUCGAGAAAUCGGCAGCAUUUUCAGAAAACACAGCAUCGACGGAGAGGCAUUCUUGAUGUUGACGCAGGAAGAUUUGGUCACAUUACUGGGCUUGCGAUUAGGCCCUGCGAUAAAAUUGUACAACAGUAUAGUUUUACUUCGCCGUCGAGCGGCGUGAACAGCCACCAACGAUCUUCACUAUCGCGUUCAAAAAUGCUGAUUAUCGGAGUUAAGUUGAAUACACGGUAUCAAAAUACCGUGACCAUUGAAAAAAUUCGAAUUACCUUCGUGAUACUUUCUAUAUUCGCUCCUAGCUAGUAAUUAGCACAUCCCACAUUUAUACUUAGAUACUCCCAAUAAGCGCAUAAAAUCACCACAGUAUUAUACCGCUAAUCACAGUGCCGAUGAUGUAAAAAUCCUGACGCCUCAUAUUUCGAAUGGUGAUACUUUUAAAUUAUUAAUAACAAAGAAAAAAAAAAAAAAGAAAAGAUUAUUCGAAACCAACAUGUAAAAAUGUAAAUAAACUAAACUACAAUAAAUCCCUAAAGUCUAUCGCUACAUUUAGAGUGAAACUCAACCAUAAUAUUAUUCGUACACUAUAAAUUUGUACCUAAGUUUCCCCAACCACGAUUGCGAUCUUCUUCGAGAUAAAAUUUUUCAUCCAUUCGUUAUCAAAGUUUAAAAAUGGUUCUUUCCUCAUUCCAGAAAAGCCAACCGAAUUUAUUUCAACCACGUGCAUUUCAGACGUGGCUCAACGAUGCCCGGUCUCCCUAAUUAAGAGUCCACUUCCUCGCGAUACGAAAAGCAAGGCAAUUUUAAUCGCCGUUGAAAAAAGUCGAAUGUCUCGCUUUUCCCUUCCAAUAAAUUGCUCGCGCCAUCUCUCUCUCGGUUCCCCCGUCAACCUGCCGGGUCCGACCCCCACCCCCUCUCUAAGACCGCCCGACGAAGUAAAGUCAAAGCUAUCGCGGGGCAGGGGGAGACCGUCCGUUACUUCGGUUCAGUCGGUGGUUAGCCGCGCGCUGCGUAACUUGUGUUUUUGUUUACGUCGCUCGACCUCGCGGGACUAACGUGCUUCGAGAGUGUGCAACGGCCACCGCUGUGUGUCGAGCGUAAAUAAAUGUUCUUGUAAUUCUCCCGUUCGGUAUUUCCUUGGCAGUGUCCCGAGGUUCCGCCGAGUGCGGGGAGGCUGAGGAACAGCGGUAAGCGUGUCGCGAAAUUUUUGUUGUUUUUUUGCGAAUCCCCGAUACUCCACUUCUUCGUACCGCCGUGGAAUUCUUCGGGGCGUCCCCGGUGCAUCGGUGGAUGGCAGGUGCGGCACGUUGACGGUGAGUCGCGUGCCUCGCGGGGUGAUGAGGCGCGUAAAAACAACAAUCCCGUUUAUCGCGAACGCGAGAAUUGUUGAUUCCAACGGGGGGGAGGGGCGCGCGGGCGGCCAGGGGAUCGGGCUAGUAUGAAUUCGUUCGAGUUUACGUCCGCCGAGGAGAAACGUGGACUCGCGUUACCCGCGUCUGUUAAAAUGUAAAGUGAUCGGGGGGUUUGGUGCUUAGUGCAUGUGCAACGUGUGUUAUGAGCGGAGUCCUCGGAGGGAGGAAGGAAAGCCACCGGAGGCUCUGCCGAUACCCAGGAUGACCCGAGGCUUACGGAUCAGGCGAUGUUUGCAGGUGCUCGGAUUAAUUAUCGCCACCGCAUACGCCACCCUUCUGCUUUACCAGGCGGUCGCGCCACAAAAGUGGCUGGAGGAUCAGCCAGAGGUGAUCGUCGGGGUGCCGGUCAACGACGACGCUGAUAUAGGAGAGGUGAUCGCUGUUACUCCACCGUUCGCGACAGCGACCGUAGCACCUUCCGGUACAGACCUCAACGACGUCUUCAUCAGCGUUAAAACAACCCGCCAUUAUCAUUACUCCCGACUGCCAGCGAUCCUCAACACGUGGUUCCAGUUGGCCAA